AUGGACGCGACAUCACUGGAGGAGGAGCAGGUGGCGGCGGCGGCGGCGGCGGCAGACAAUCUUGAUGAGGAGGUGGAGCAGAUGGAAGAGGGGGAGGAGGAGGCCACGCCGGUGGUGCUGAAGAAGGGGCCGUGGACGACGGCGGAAGACGCCCUGCUGGUGAACCACGUGCGGCAGCACGGCGAGGGCAACUGGAACGCCGUGCAGCGCAUCACCGGGCUCCUGCGCUGCGGCAAGAGCUGCCGGCUGCGCUGGACCAACCACCUCCGCCCCAACCUCAAGAAGGGUGCCUUCUCGCCGGACGAGGAGCUCCUCGUCGCGCAGCUCCACGCCCAGCUCGGCAACAAGUGGGCCCGCAUGGCCACCCAUCUUCCGGGAAGGACCGACAACGAGAUCAAGAACUACUGGAACACGAGGGCCAAGCGGAGGCAGCGCGCCGGUCUGCCCAUGUACCCGCCGGAGGUGCAGCUCCAGCUCGCGAUCACCAAGCGCUGCCGGUACGCCGACUUCUCGCCCCCGCAGCAAUCAGCGGGAAGCAAUGUCCUGGACGCCACCGAUGCGGGGUACACCAGCGCCCGCCCGCCGCCGCUCGACCUUGCCGGGCAGCUCGCCAUGGCCAACCGGCCGGUGCAGUUCCUCGCCCAGACGCCCUUCUCCGCGCCGUCUUCCCCGUGGGUGAAGCCGUCGUUCGCACGCAACGCGCGCUACUUCCAGUUUCCGCAUUCAUCGCCCGUGUCGCCGACGACGCCGGAGCUCUCGUUGGGCCACCGCCUGCCCGGCGGCAACCGGACCCGGUUCACUCCUCUCUCUCCGUCUCCGGGGGCCAAGGCGGAGCUCCCUUCAUGCCAAUUGCGCCCGGCGUCACCGGCCGCAGUCGCAGCCACGGACAACCACGGCGGCGGCCUGGGCGAGGAUCAGCAGAACCUCGAGGCGAUGCUGCAGGAGCUGCACGAUGCCAUCAAGAUCGAGCCGCCGAGGCACGUGAGCGGCCACGCCGAGCAGGACGGCGCCAGUGUUCAGCUCCAUCCAGGUGGCAACAAAUCGGAGGGUGGAUUACUCAAAGAUGACGAUGACAUCGGCACACUCUUCGACAUGAUUAUACCCAAGGCCUUCUCUAUGACGGAGCCCACAGCACAGGCCGAUGCGCCCAACCACUCCGGCGGCUCGAUCUCGCAGCAUGGUGGUGAAGACCACAACGUCAACCUCACUGUGGAUCAUCUCCCGAUCAUCUCAUCGGAGCAAGACUGGGUCCUCGACGGGGCCUGCCAGUGGAACAACAUGUUCGGCAUCUGCUAA